AUGGAUUUGCGAAACAUUCCCUACCGUUCAGAUGUGGUUGCGUGGAACCCAGAUGACUUAGCAGAAUAUUUUAGGAUGUUAAAGUAUAAGGACUGUGAGAAAGUCGUGAGAAAGCACAGCAUAAAUGGACAAAGGUUUUUGAACAUGUCUGAAAAUGAUAUUCAGAAAUUUCCCAAACUCAGAGUGCCAAUCGUAAGUAAAUUAAGUCAAGAAAUAAACAGAAAUGAAGGGAGGCUAUCUUUCUUUCCAAAAUGGGCCCAAACACAAAAAAGUCCUGAAAAUCCAGGAUAUGGUCAAGAAGACGGUGGCUGGUCUUCAUUUGAUGAAGAUGAUGACUAUGAAAGCCCUGAUGAUGACCAGGAAAAGGAAGAUGAGGCUGACUAUGAAUCACCAACAGAAGAACCUGAGGAAGCAGAACAUGAUAGCGACGGCUAUGAACCACCUCCAUCCAAUAAUGAUGAAGCACACCACAAUGUCAUAUUUCCUGCCAAGUCACUUGCAAACAACACAGAUUAUAUAGACAGACCGCCAACAAGUCGAUCAUCACAUCAGCCUCCAGUACCACCCCAGCGCCCUGGCCCAUCCCCAGUACCAGCCUCAUUUGGGGGAAGAGGUGCUUCUCUGCCCGCUUCUUUUCCUCCUCCACCAAGCAACAAUGACUUGAGUAGAGACAGAAAUAUCAAGCCUUUGAAACCCCCAGCUCCUUCUAUAGACAGAAGCACAAAACCCCCACUGGAUCGCCUUGCUCCACCAUUUGAAAGAGAAAGCCUAGUAUCAGGGAGGAAGCCAGGCUUUCCUGAAAAGCCUCUGACUUCACAACUAAGAUCUCUGGGGGAACAGCUAGCAAUGAUGCCAAAACCUCCUGUCCCACCAAGUGACAGAUACGAAAGAGGCAAUCCAUCCCCUCUAAGGAAGCCAACCCCUGUAAAGCAGGGUUGGCAACCACAGAAAAAAAAUGAAGAAGAAGACGACUCUGCACCCCAAAGACCAGUGCCGCAGUUAUCUUUGCCCCCUUACAACUCCAAUACAUUCCCAUCCAAAUCUGUCAAGCCUCCACCUAAGCCAGGAUCCAACAGUAUGCCUGCUGCAGAAAGUGCUAGAAACCUGUCUUCAAGUGGCUCACUACCACCACGCUUACAUCUAGGCAACAACAGCAGGUCUCCUUCAAGAGGCAUAGCUGACAUAAGGCCUCCAUUGCCAGUUCCUAGCAGACAGACUGUUCACCAAACAAACGUGGAAGAAGAUGAGGACUCACUAAAUGAUGAAUGGUACGUUGCUUAUGUUAGCCGGCCAGAAGCAGAAGCAGCUCUUCGAAAAAUAAACAAGGAUGGAACAUUCUUGGUAAGAGACAGCUCAAGAAAAACUGUUACUCAUCCAUAUGUACUGAUGGUGUUGUACAGAGAUAAAGUAUACAACAUCCAGAUUCGUUACCAGGAGCAAAAUCACAUGUAUUUGUUAGGAACUGGCUUAAAAGGAAAAGAGGAUUUUUCUUCCGUAGCAGAUAUCAUUGAUUACUUCCAAAGAACGCCUCUUCUUCUGAUUGAUGGAAAAGACAGAGGUUCAAGAAACCAGUGCAUGUUAAAAUAUGCUGCAGGACGUAUUUAA